CCAAUCCAUCGCCUCUUCGCCUUGCUUGGAACCUACUUGAUCGCUGCCUCACCUCGCUCACUCACUCCUCUGGCCGAGUUAGCUUGCAGUUCUUCACACGCACGCUUCCCCCAUAUAUACCCGACCAUAUAUACCCACCAGGCAGCCAUCCAUCGGGAGGAAGCAACCGUCCAUCGACCAUACCGAUCGCCAUUCCCUCCAUCCAUCCGCGUUGCCUUGCUCAUCGUCGGCGUAGCUAGCUACGAGGCCAGCAGCUGCCGUAGAGUAAUCAAUAGAAUGGGACGUCCGACGUCCGGCGGCGUGGGGGAGCCCAAGCUCCGCAAGGGACUGUGGUCGCCCGAGGAAGACGAGAAGCUCUACAACCACAUCAUCCGGCACGGGGUCGGCUGCUGGAGCUCCGUCCCGAGGCUGGCCGGGCUGAACCGCUGUGGCAAGAGCUGCCGCCUCCGGUGGAUCAACUACCUCCGCCCUGACCUCAAGCGCGGCUGCUUCUCGCAGCAGGAGGAGGACAACAUCGUCGCGCUCCACCAGAUCAUCGGCAACAGGUGGUCACAGAUCGCGUCGCACCUGCCGGGCCGGACGGACAACGAGAUCAAGAACUUCUGGAACAGCUGCAUCAAGAAGAAGCUCCGGCAGCAAGGCCUCGACCCCGCCACGCACAAACCCAUGGCCGCCGUCGACACGGCCACGGCGGCAUUGCCGGACGUGGAAGACGAAGACCGCAAGCCCCUUGCCGCGGCGGCCGACGGCAGCCUCGCUCCGAAGCAGCCGGCGGUGUUCGACCCGUUCCCGGUGUGCGCCGACUACGGCGCUGGGUUCACCGACGACCUCUGCCCGGCGAACGCGGCAGCAUUGUACGGCCAGUUCUGCGGUGCAAAGGAGGGCGCGGACGAAGACGCCGGGUUCGGCCCCGCGGACUACAGCUGCGUGCUGGACGUCCCGGAGAACCUGGGCUACGGGGAGAGCUCCAGCAACAGCAGCAACCGGAACUACGGCGGUGAGGUGGGCAGCAUGCUCGACGGCGAGGUGGGAAGCGUGCUCGAUGGCGAGGUGCUACACUGGGCCAAGGCGGAGACGGCCUGCUUCGCGGAGAUGGAGCGGCAGCACGACGUGCUGCUGGAGUAUGAGUUCUCGCUGCCCUGCCAAGAGCAGAGCCUCCUCGCAAAUUUCGAGUUCAACUACUUCUGACUUUUUCCUUUUUCACUUUAAAAAUAUAUUUUCUUUCUUUCUCCCUCCAUUUUUUAAGAGACAGGGAUCAUACCAUAAAAUCGCAAGUUAGUGCUACUUGAGGUCAUUUAUAGCAUCA